AUGUGGAGCACAUUCCGAAACCUGAAGAACAACAUCUCGGCGAUCGCGUCGGACGUUCUCGACACCGCGGAAGAGCUCGACCCUGGCCUGUUCGGCAGUGGGCCCGGCUCGCCGUCUCACCACUCGUCUUCGGACUCCUACUCCGAAGGUUCCUCUGCUGACUCUACCCCGGAGCGGCGCGGCAAAGCGGGUCCCGAGGACCCGUCGCAGCUGCAAUGGCCAGGGCAAACAGCAUCAGGGUUCCGGGCCAAACGAGGCCCUCUCCCCUUUCGCCUGCAAGGCACCCCGGACUCUACUGUAACGAGGCUUUUGCCUGAUACGUCUCAGGAUUCUCCUUCGGACCCUAAUUCAGGGGCUCGGGAUGUUGCUGCUGAGGACUCACACCGUGCCAAUCCGAGUAGUCACAUUCAAAGUAGUCACAUUGGAGGUCCGAACCAGGUUCCACAUGGAAUCUCUCCUCUGCAGCACCCUACUCAACCACCACUCACCACUGCCGGAAACGCGCCCUACUCUGCGGGAAACGCACCUGCGGGAGGAAAGGGAAACCCCUUUGGCGCGCCCCUGUUUCAAGCCAGCUCUGGAGGAGUGAAAGGACAACCGCAGGAGCUGCAUCGGCAGCAGCAGCAGCAGCAGCAGCAGCAGCAGCAGCAGCAGCAGCAGCAGCAGCAGGAGGAGUUGAAACAGUCGCACCCACAACAACCCCCACAACCGAGACCUGCUGCAUCUGCUGCUGGCCGUCCCCCCCACGGACCUCCCCCACACGGACCUCCCCCCCACGGACCUCCCCCACAUGGGCCUCCGCGAAAUGGCCCUCCGCCUAUCAGACCUGCCCGCAAUUCACCUCCCCCGGUGGGACCUCUCCCGUUUGGACCUCCCUCUCAUGGCUCUCCAUCGUCUGCCCCUCUCCCAGUCAAGCCUGCCCCAGAGCAGGAAAGAUGGCUGGCGGGGGAGAGAGGGGGAGAGGCGGUGAGGUUAAGGGAGGAGAAGCAGAGGCUGGAAGGGGAGUUGAGAGUGGUGAGGGGUGAGAUGGAGAGAGAAAGGGAAGCUGCGAGGAAGCUGGCGCAGCAGAUGACAGGCGGUCGAGAGGGGUGGGAUUCAGCUGUGCAGGAGUGCAGUAUUCUCAAAGCCGAGAGGCAGCAAUUGUUCACCGACUUGGCAGAGGCGCAUGAGAAGAUCAAAGGGGAGGCGGCAGCCCGGCAGCAGGCGGAGGGGGCACUGAGGCAGUUGUUCAACGACUUGGCAGAGGCACAUGAGAAGAUGAAAGAGGAGGCAGCAGCGCGGCAGCAGGCGGAGGGGGCGCUGAGGCAGGUGGAGGCUCAACUGGCGCAGGCAGUAGCUGCUGCUGACGCCUCCAAAGCCUCGUGGCAGCUAUCCCAAGUAAAGGCGAAACUUCAGGCAGCAGAGCAAGCCCUCUCCUCCCAGCACGCCUCCUUCCAGACCUCCCUCCAACAGCUCAGGGAAGAGUGCGACCGUCAGGUGAAAGCAGCAGAGGCCCAGGUGAAAGCAGCAGAGGCCCAGGCGAAAGCAGCAGAGAGCCAGGCAAAAGCAGCAGAGGCAAGGAGGAAAGAAGCGGAGGAAGCAGCAGAGGCGAAGGCAACAUCUGCGGUGGUGGCAAUGGAAGAGCAGGCAGUGAGAAGGAUAGCAGUGGCAGUGAGAGCUGCAGAGAGGGAGGCAGAGGAGAGGAGAGCAGAAGCAGAGAAGGAAGCAGAGGCGAGGAGAAGGGAGAUGGAGGAGGCAGCAGUGGCGCAAAGAGGGGAGUUAGAGGGGGUGUUGAAUGCAAUGAAGGGCGAGAGGGACAAGGCAAAACGAGAACUAGCGAGGCUGAAACAGCACCUGCUGGAGCUGGAAAAUGCCGAGUCAGCCAAGGUGGAGCAAGAAACCGACCAAAUCAAAUCCCUCGAGGCCCAGCUACAGGACAAAUCCCGCGAGCUGGCAGCCCUGCAGUCUGCUUUAGCAGACGCACGCGCCGCAACAGAAACUGCCAGGAAAGAGGCGGAGAGCCGAGCAAAGGAGGUGGAGGAGGAGGGAGAGCGGAGGGAGAGGGAUAGGGAGGAGGCGGAGAGGGAAAGACAGGUGCUUCGCGCCGAACUUGAGGCUCGGGAUCAGGAGUUGAACAACCUGCAGGCAGCUCUGGGGCAGUUCUACGCCGAAGCUGAGGCUCAGAACCGGCUGGCAGCAGAGCUGGCGGCAGCACGGGACGACAACACCAAGCUAGCUGAGCAGCUGCAGGUCACAGGGCUGGCGGCAGCACGGGACGACACCACCAAGCUAGCUGAGCAGCUGCAGGUCAGUCGGUGCCACCUCCUCCCUCCCCUUCUAUCCUCCCUCCCCUUCUAUCCUCCCUCCCCUUCUAUCCUCCCUCUCCUUUUUCCUCCCUUCCCUUCUCUCCUCCCUCCCCUUUUUCCUCCCUCCCCUUUUUCCUCUCUCCCCUUCCCUUAUCGCCAAUGCCAAUGCAUCCCUCCCCUCCCCGCUUCCCUUCCUGCUCCUUUUUUACCCCUCCCCUUCCCUUCCCCUUGCGUUUUUCCCGAUUUUCUUCCCCUUCUUCCACUUCUUUCCCUUCUUCCCGUGUUGGUGAAGGACCUUGCCAGCAGGAGGGCGGAGGAGGUAGCAGCAGCAGAGGCGAGAGCAGCAGAGGCAGAGAGGGGGAGAGCAGCAGCGGUGGUGGGGGAGCAGAGGGCAGGGAACGAGCUGUCUAAGGUCCGCCAGGCUCUGGAGCAGUGCAUGGUGCGGCUCAACAGAAUGUCUUCUGAUUCUGACUUCACUGUAGACAGGAGAAUCGUGAUCAAGCUUCUGGUGACUUACUUUCAGCGCAAGCACAGCAAGGAGGUGAGUGGUGCAGCCUUUUCAGAAGGUUAUUUCCAGGUGCUAGACCUCAUGGCUCGCAUCCUUGGAUUCUCAGAGGAGGACAAGCAGCGGGUGCUAGACCUCAUGGCUCGCAUCCUUGGAUUCUCAGAGGAGGACAAGCUGCGGGUGGGUUGGGAAACAGCAGGCCACACGGGGGUGCUAGACCUCAUGGCUCGCAUCCUCGGAUUCUCAGAGGAGGACAAGCAGCGGGUGGGGUUGGCAGCAGCAGGGCACAUGGGGGUGGGAGGAGGAGCAGCAGGGGGGGUGAGGGGCGUGUUUGGGCUUCCGGGGAGGCUGGUGGGGGGACUUUUUGGAGGCGGGGCGAGCGUGGGGGGAGUGGGGGGAAGCACUGGCGCCCUGGCAAGCAUUGCAGACGACAGCACAACCUUCACGGACCUCUGGAUUGACUUUCUACUCAAGGAGUCCGAAUCAAGGGAUCGUGGAGAGAUGCCCUCCGACCCCUCGUUACACCCGCCCCGCUUCCCCGGCUACCCCGCCUUUUCCGCCGCUCCGGGCAGCCCGCCGAAAUAUUUUCAGCCCGUGUCGCCCCGGGCUUCUGGAGGCGGGCUGGGCGGCGGGGCAGGCGGAUAUGUUUUGUCUCCGAAUGCGGGCAGGUGGAGAAGCAGCACUAGCCCUCAGAGGGAAUCGUCCCAGGCUGUAGCGCAAUAUGUGGCAUCUCCUGUUGUAGCAGCACCUCCGGCUGUAGCGCUGGGGUUUUCGGUUGCGGGAUCGCAGCAGCAGGCAGGAGAGAGCUACCGUUACCGAAUGUCAGACCACAACCCAGUUGGGCUUGCUGGGACGGCGUCGGUGGCUGUAGCAGCGUCUGCUACAGCUGCUGCUGCGUCUGUGGGAACAAGAGCAGGGGCAGACGGAGGAGCAGCGGGAGCAGGAGUGGGGGGCGGAGGAGGAGGGGAGCUGCCAUUUAUUGCAGCAGCAGCCCAGACCCAUAGGGAUCCUAUGCACAGCCUCCCAUCCCCUUACCUGCCUGGCAUCCCUGGUCUCGGCACUGGCAUGGCUGGUGCACAUGGAAUGGGCGGCACAGGGGGGUUUUCAGGUGCCGGCACAGGUGCUUCAGGUGGUUUCUCAGGUGGUUCGGUCUCCGCAGGGAUGAUGGGUGGAGGGUCAGCAGUGCCAGGCAUUUCAGGGGAGCUCUGGAGUGGGUCAGCAGGGGCAGGGGGAGGUAUAUCUGGGGCAGGUGGGAUUCUGGGCAGUGGACCAGGAGCAGUGGUGGGAAUGUCUCCAGGAAUAGGGUUACCACAGAGUGGAAGUGGUAACGGCAUGUUACAGGGGUAUACACCACCGAGCAUGCACAGGCAAGGGUCUGGUGGUAUGAGUGGUGGCAAUGCAUUGUUCAGUGCAAGUGGGGGAGGGAUGAUGGGGGUGGAUGGUGAUGUGGACUUAGAUGGUAACGGUAACGCGUCAGAGUUUUCGUCGGUGCCUUUGAAUAUGGGCCCGGGGCAGAAGGCCACUGCAGCAUUGUCGUCGCUGUCAGCUCGUAGUGGUCAAGUGGUGGUGAGUGCAGCUCGGAACUUGUUUGGGCAACAGGAGAGUGAGUCGGCACUACAACUGUAG